GUGGGUUGUGAACAAUAAUCAGAAAUGGGAAAGAUCAUUUUCUACGAGGACAGGAGCUUCCAGGGCCGCUGCUAUGAGUGCAGCUCUGACUGCCCUGACCUGCACUCCUUCUUCAGCCGCUGUAACUCCAUCCGUGUGGAGAGCGGCUGCUGGGUCCUGUACGAGCGCCCCAAUUACACGGGGUACCAGUACGUGCUGACCAGGGGAGAGUACCCCGACUACCAGCGCUGGAUGGGGUUCAAUGAGAGCAUCAAGUCCUGUCGAAUUAUCAGAAAUGUUUAUGGGAACACCUACAAAAUCAGGGUAUAUGAGAGACCAGAGUUUGAAGGCCAGAGCAAGGAGCUUUCCGAGGACUGUCCCUCUGUCUUUGAUAACUUCCAGUUCCGGGAGAUCAGCUCCUGCAUUGUGGUGGACGGCGCCUGGGUGUUCUAUGAGCAGCCCAACUACAAGGGGCGUCAGUACUUCCUGGAGCGAGGGGAAUACCGCCGCCACAACGACUGGGGGGCAACCUCCCCCACUGUCGGAUCCCUCCGCAGGAUCACAGAGUUCUAGACUGACGCCCGUCCCAAUGCAUCACAUGCAAUAAAGGGAUUUAAGC